UAGCAUGUGGCGAGAGUACAUGCCAGACGAGUAGCCCACACGCAUUUAAAGCAACCCGUUAGCCGGACACCUCCUUGGUUCGCAGUGUAACCUCCGAGAGCACGCUUCUGGCAGGCACAGGCAGCAGCAUGUCGGUCGACAGCGUGUUUAGGACCCGCUCUCUCGGUGUGGCCGCCGAGGGUCUCCCUGAUCAGUAUGCCGACGGCAAAGCAGCGAAAGUCUGGCAGCUGUACAUCGGCGACACGCAGAGUAGGACGCAGGAGUACAAAAGCUGGGUGGUGUCGUUGCUGAAAGAGCACGGGGUUCGGAGAGUGCUGGAUGUAGCCUGCGGAACCGGAGUUGACUCCAUCAUGUUGGUGGAGGAGGGGUUCAAUAUGGUGAGCGUGGAUGCCAGCGACAAAAUGCUCAAGUAUGCACUGAAGGCGAGAUGGGAGAGAAGAAAAGAACCAGCUUUUGAUCAGUGGGUUAUUGAAGAGGCCAACUGGCUGACAUUAUCAGAAGAUAUACAGAAACCAGGGGCUGGCUUUGAUGCUGUUAUCUGCCUUGGCAACUCCUUUGCCCAUUUACCAGACUUUAAAGGGGACCAGAGUGACCAAAAGCUGGCCCUUCAGAACAUUGCCAGUAUGGUCAGACCAGGUGGGAUCCUCAUCAUUGACCACCGUAACUAUGACUACAUUCUGGAGACUGGGAGGGCGCCAAAAGGCAAAAAUAUCUACUACAAGAGUGAUCUUACUCAGGACAUCUCCACCUCGGUGCUGUGGGUCAACAGUAAGCCCCAUAUGAUCACUCUGGACUACACUAUCCACGUGCCCCAGGCCAUCCUUCAGAAUCUUCCUGAAGUCAGUAAAUUUCGUCUGUCCUACUACCCCCACCGCCUGGAGAGCUUCAAAGGGUUGCUGAACGAGGCCUUCAACGGCAAAAUGGAGCACAGCGUCUAUGGAGAUUUCAAGGCGUAUGUCCAAGGCCAGACCCAGGCUCCCUGCUACUUCAUCCAUGUCUGUAAGAAGACAGCCUAAGAGCCCAACCAACCAACUCGCUACACACACACACACAAAACACAAAAAACACACAAAACACACACACAAACACACACACACACAUGCUGCCAGGAAAAUAAUGAGGCCUUCUGCUCUCUUUAAACCCCAAAAUGCUCUUACAAACCUCAAGAUUCGGGCAAAAUUAUAUUUGAGUAUGUUUUAAAAAGAUUUCAUCUUAGUGUUCUUAGAAAAAUGAACCAACGGUUUUCUGGUCUCUGGUGACUUUACCUCCCAAGUGAUGAGAUCAUAGAGACUAAUGUCGUCCAAAUGUCCCUGAUAGACUGUGACCACAUUGUUAUUGUGUAAACAAUACAUUUUUAUUUUCUCUAAUAAUUUUAAAAUUAUGUCGCUAAAAUGUCAAAGCAACAGAGUCUCUUUGCUCUACCAGGAACAAUUGGUUGAUGUCGAUCUCAAUAUGUUCUCAUUGCAUAAGCUAACGUAACUAGUAACAGUCUUAACUAGAGACCAUCUUGCGAUAGGAUCACACCAGCCGCAAUGCCAAAUGGCUGUGUAUGGUGCAUUGGAGGACACACCAUGAGAGAAGUGAGUCUGGCGAAACAGGUGAACUGUGCCAGAUUUAUUCAGUAUGCCUUACCAUGUCAUCCCAUUGCAAGGUAGUCUGUAGUUUUACCUAAUGUCUUAAAGGGGACGGGAACGAUCGAAGCAGGGAUACAGCGAUUUGCGACUUAAAACGAACGUGGGCCAGGGGCGCAAAGUGGGAGGCCAGUGGGCCCUUCCCUACUUCCAUCCCCCUACUUCCAGCGCCCUUGCUUGGACCACACCCAUCUAUGAAUUCUUCCAGGCCUUCUUGUUGAUCUAAACGACACACUGCAUUUGCACGAUUGUGACGCUAUUGCAGUUACAAAAUCUGUCCACAGACAGACAGCAAAGUAUUCAAAACCGCCUCUGUGGUAGUUCCCACUACAGUGGGUGUCUCCAGGACCACAUUUUGCCACGAUGACACACACACACAGCCUCACAAGGUGGAUGAAAACAAUACCAGCCAAGCUGUCGGAGGGUUAAACAGGACAAAUCUAAUUUUAAAAAUAUAUUCAAAAUGCAUCGGACCACUGUUUUGUCCAUAUCUGGUAUUUUCCCUAUGUAUAUUCCCUAUGGUAUUUUCCUCCCCGCUUCCCGCCUUUCAGAACUUUGAUAUCCACAGUGAACAUAAUUUUAAAUGGUGCUGUACAUUAGUGAUAUUCCUCAUGGUGGAAUAGUUGCUAUUCGUCGCCAGUAAUGUACAAAGUUCUAAGAUAUGUUCUUAGACAGUUGUAUUUUGUAAGUUUACUACAAGGGUCUUAAAAACACAAAUAAAGCAUUUGUGUUUUGUGAAUACAGUAGUCUCUAUUUUUCGUGUAAUUUCAAGCUUGAAAGGAAAAAAGCGCUAAAAUCAUUCUGUCCUACUGCCUUUCCUUAAGUUCGGGCAAAUCUUUGACGGGCACAGCACGACGGCAGUUUGAAUAUUUCAAGUGAAUGGCCUUUUCUAAGAGUCCCCACAACAUUGAAAUUAAUUUGCACUAUGCAAAAUCAUUGACAGCAGUUUAAUAAGACCAGGGUACGGCUAGUGAAGCUUGUGAGUCACAUUGGUGUUAGUUUAACCUGCCUGUGCAGAAUGGGAAGUGCUAACUUCUCUCUCAGUCAGUCAGUCAGAUCAAGAACCCUCCACCCUGAAGUGUCCUUGAGCUCCUCACUAAAUCCCUAUCAGCUCCAGAGCUAAUUGACCUCUGACCCCUCUGAAGCUGGGGAACAAAAUGAGAUUUUGCACUAAAGCCUGCUCUUGAAAGAAUGGGUCGUGGUUUUACAAAUUGAAUAGAAAAUGCAUUUAUUGUAGCAACUUAGUUUUAUUUUCACAGAUCUCUAUUUUCUCUUAUUUUGUGCUUUUGUUAAGUGUACUUUGUUUUAGCCGAAACCCUUUACAUUUGACUUCUAAUGAACCUUCAACAGGCCAGCAGUGAGUCUCAUCUGUUUUAGGUGAAAUUAAAAACUGAAGUCUUGUUAAGGAUUCAUCUAAAUGUACUAACACAAUCGUUUUAGGAAUACUCAACUACGUUUAACAAACUUGUUAAAAAUGCAAACAGUUGCAUUACAGUAAUAACAUGGAAUACCCAGCAACCUUUGAUCCAAACAUGCUUAAAAAGUGUUAUUUUUUGGCCAAUCUUGCAAUUUGUUUCAAAAGCAGGAAAAUCUUGGCUGUAAUUCGGCUGUGCUGCACAGGUGUAUUAUGCAGUGUCUCAAGUAAUUGAGUUUACCCAAAUAAUGAUGGGGAACAUGAUGAAAGAAUAAUUUAUUUUGCUGUAUGUUUCCUGUAUCCAGGUCCAAAUAAGUUUUGCUUUGAUACCAAAUAAAAAAUGUGUCUUUUAUUGGAAUGAGAAAGGAGCUCUGCCACAGAGAAAUCAAAUAUUAUCACUGCCCCUGCUGUUUGCCUAAACAAGACUGCAUGGUGCAUUCAGAUACUGUGCCAGAGCCUCUUGUUGAACAAAAUGUACGGUACGCGGUAGAUUGUAAUUCAAUUGAGAUCAACAUUGGUUCAGAGAAUGACUGAAUGCUUGAGUCGGUUUAGACGUUUAUGGAGAGAUAACACAAUGUCAGAACCGUCUUAUUAUGUUGACAAUACUUUUAAGAAAAAAUGUAAAAAUUGUAUAAAGUUUAUCACUUAAAUGAUUAUUGGAAUUCUUUUGCA